AUGUCUAAGGGAAAAGCAAUUACAGGAUAUAAUAAAGUCUACAAUGCUUUGUACAGGCUGAAAACAAAUGACGAAACAAAGUUAAACGCAAUUUACAAAAAAAUCAAACAAAAACUGAUUGACUCUUAUCAUAUUUCGCCUGGUGAAUUUGUCAAUAAAAUAUCCCAAGUUUCAAUUUAUAACAACCGCUACAUGAAGUCAUAUUUAGCGAUUGCCAAACAAAUUGUUGACGAAUACCAUCUAAAUCAGGUCAACGAAAUCAACAAAGUUUUUAAUUACCUUUUCUACAAAGAAUACAGUAUAGUAUUAGAUGCAAACGGGACAAAAUUUUUUAACGAUUUUGAAGUUUCUCAUUAUACAGCUGAGAUUCACGAACAAAAAACAAUUCACAGAUCUAUUAUGGAUGAUGACAAAAUAUCAUUGAUAACCUUUACAGAAAGAAAAGGAUUUGAUAAAAAACAAAAAUUAGAUAGUGAUUUAUAUCCAUUUUCAAAAGGAGGUAUUUCGUUACUUGAACUAUGUUGUUAUCAUGGAUCUUAUGAAUGUUUUCAGUUUUUAAGAACGAAAUUUCAAUCAAUAAUAACUCCAAAUUGUCUUAGAUAUUCGUUUUUGGGUGGAAAUCGAGACAUUAUGAAUGAAUGCUUGAAAGUACAAAUACCAGAUAACAAAUGCAUGAAAUAUGCAAUUAUAUCACACAAUAUUGAUUUUGUCAAGUUUUUGAUGAAUGAACACAACAUAAAAAUUGAUUUAGAAUUGUGCUCUCAAUACAAUAAUCUCAUAUCAUUUUUAGUUUAUUUGCAACAAACAUAUGAUAUCAACAAAUGUUUUGUUUAUUCCCCCAGUUUCCAUCUUUCAUCACUUUUAGAAUAUCUUAUUUCAAAUGGCGCAUAUAUCAAUGCUAAAGACGAAGAUGGAUGGACCCCUCUUCAUUAUGCAGCCAGGAAUAUUAGAAAAGAAACAGCCGAAUUUCUUAUUUCAAAUGGAGCAGAUAUCAAUGCUAAAACAAAAUAUGGAUGGACUCCUCUUCAUUAUGCCGCCAUAGAUAAUAACGAAGAAACAGCCGAAUUUCUUAUUUCAAAUGGAGCAGAUAUCAAUGCUAAAGACAAAGAUGGAUGGACCCCUCUUCAUUAUGCAGCCAGGAAUAUUAGAAAAGAAACAGCCGAAUUUCUUAUUUCAAAUGGAGCAGAUAUCAAUGCUAAAGACAAAGAUGGAUGGACUCCUCUUCAUUAUGCCGCCAUAGAUAAUAACGAAGAAACAGCCGAAUUUCUUAUUUCAAAUGGAGCAGAUAUCAAUGCUAAAGACAAAGAUGGAUGGACUCCUCAUCAAAUAACAACCAGGAAUAAUAGAAAUAUUUACUUUGAUUUUUGA